AUGGCAGGUAUACGCGCGAUACGCAGGGCUGGUGUCACUCUCGCGGCCCUCUGCACUGCUUCACUUUGCCUGGCCCUGUGUCGAGCCACACGCUCGGACUUUUUUGGUGCCGCAGAGGUGACGCCCAGGUCUACGCAACCUGCAGGCGACACAGUGAAGGGCGGGGCCAGUAGUGGCCUCAAAGAAGAGAGUCCCGCGGCGCCGGAAGAAGAUCCCAUGUCGGCUGAAGUCGACCCCGACGUUAACCGCCGCGCCCCCCCGCAGUACGAGGGCGGAGUUGACCCUUUCGUUGAGGAGCUGGUUGCCGUGGUGAGGAAGGCCCACGAACUCGCCCUCGCACGCGGCACCUUCGGCGGCCGCCUCGACCCUAACGACCUCGUUGAGGCUGCGCAGCUCGUGAAGCGAGACCGCGAAGAGGCGUCGUACUCGAUACCCCCCGGACUCUACCAGGAUCCGUAUGAAGACCUCGCGUCUAUCGAGGAGGAAGAAACCUUGCCGGACCUCGACAAGGAAGAAGAUUCUGACUUCAUUUACUGA